GUCGCAAACAAGAUAAGCCAAAAACGGCAACGCAAUCAAGAGAUAAGAAAAGUAUAAAAGGAGAAGCAGACCGGCGCGCGCGACAAUAUUAUAAACGCAGAUCCUCAGAAGCGAAACAUUCGAGAUACUCAGAGCUCAGGUUUCGGACGAGUCGUAUUGCGAGAUCAUUCUAUUGCGACAAGUGUAUUCAUUGUAAAGUAGUGUAGUGAUUAAGAAAUAAAGCUUUUAAAAACAUAAACUGAUCGCUUUCCCGCGUAACAAAUCUCAACACACCACGAAUCUCCAAAAACACAUAUACGCCAAACAUCCGGUACAACAUGGUAUUACUACCAUGAAGCGUAUCGACAUGCUAAAAAAUAAAAAAUCUAAUUCAGUGGCAAAUAUUGAAGAAACGGAAAGUUUAUUAAUUUCAACACUCGGAUCUAGUUUAAGCGCAUCAAGUUCCUUCGUGGAAACCUCACAUGCAGCAGCUGAAAAUCAAGGUCGUAUAAGUAGAAAAAGGAAAACCAGCAAGGAGCCGGUCAUCGCCAUCGCCAUGGAUAAAGACCGCGUCAUAGACGCAUUGGUGGAAAUGACGACCGUUAAUGGCCGUCCUUAUUCUGCAGUAGAGGACUCCGGUUUAAGGAAAAUCCUCAACCCUAUCCUUUACGCCCUUCGUACACAGCAUGGCAUUAACACGAGUAUUAAUCGGCACAACAUUCGGGACUUUGUGCACUAUGAAGCUGUGCAGUUAAAAGAAAAAGUAAAAAAUGAAAUCGAAGGCAGAAUGUUGUGUUUGAAGCUCGAUUCCGCAACACGAUUGGAUCGUUCUCUUCUGGGAAUCAACAUUCAAUUUUGCAAGAAUGGUAGAAUCUGCCUUCAAAAUCUUGCUGUAAAAGAACUUUUUUUACGGCAAAUUGCAGAAAAUCUGAAGAGCGAAGUAUUCACUGUACUCUCAGAUUUUCGUAUAAAUUCAGAACAAGUAUAUAGUAUUACUACUGACAAUGGCCGCAACAUGGUAAGAUCUGUUGCUCUCCUUGGUGAAGAUGUAUCAGUUGGGGAUUGUGAAGAAUCGAAGGAAGAGGACAUCGAAGACAUCCUGGAAUCAAACGAUGCCAACGAAGAAACGGUGGACCAUACUCUUUUGGCGCUUGCGGAGGAAUGGCCACAAAUUAUCGAUAACGUGCCAGAAAUAGAGCCAUCCGCAGGAAUUAUCAGUCAGCGGUGUGCAGCGCACACAUUGCAGCUUGCCGUGUGGGAUGCUCUUGGCAAAUUCCAAGAGCCAAUUCACAAAAUGCGAAAUGUGAAGAAGCUGCGCAGCCCAAUAGCUGUUGGUGUCCUUGCAGGGUUAGGACGCACCAAACCCUUGUUAGACGUGGAGACUCGAUGACACUCCACACACGACAUGAUAAA